AUGCUACAAAGAAUUUAUUUAUCACGGUAUACAGUACCUUCUUGCAGGAGGCACUUUUCGAAGUUGAUGUCCUCGUUGGAACAACAAAAGAGUAAAACAUUUACCGACAGGGUUAGAAACCCUAUAGAGGCGGGCCAAUCAUUGCACGAAACAAGACCAUUCCUCAUCAAGCCAGGCGAGUUGACACCUGGUAUUUCAGCAUUGGAAUACUAUGAAAGAAGAAUCAGGCUAGCGGAAAUAUUGCCAUCCAAAAGUUGCGUCAUUCUAGCCGGUAACGAUGUCCAGUUUGCAUCGGGGGCUGUUUUUUAUCCUUUUCAACAAAAUAAUGACCUGUUCUAUCUUAGUGGGUGGAACGAACCUAAUUCAGUUAUGAUUUUGGAAAAACCAACAGACAAUUUGAGUGAUACUGUUUUCCACAUGUUGGUCCCAUCAAAGGAUGCGUUUGCUGAAAAGUGGGAAGGAUUUAGAUCUGGGGUUAAUGGUGUUCAGGAAAUCUUUAAUGCGGAUGAAUCUGCCGCAAUUGAUGAUCUGUCUAAAUACCUGCCCAAAAUAAUUAAUAGGAACGACUUUAUCUAUUUUGAUAUGCUGUCAGCUCCUAAUUCAAGUUCUUCGAGUUUUAAGCACAUUCAAAGUUUACUGAAUGGUGGGAAUGGUAACCGAUCAAUUAACUCCAUAGCAAACAAGACUAUCAAACCCAUUAGUAAAAAAAUUGCAGAAUUCCGUAAGAUUAAAUCCCCUCAAGAAUUGAGGAUCAUGAGAAGAGCCGGCCAAAUAUCAGGAAGAUCGUUUAAUCAAGCCUUUGCAAAAAGAUUUAGGAACGAAAGGACUUUAGACUCCUUCCUUCAUUACAAGUUUAUAUCCGGUGGUUGUGAUAAAGACGCUUACAUUCCGGUGGUUGCCACAGGUUCAAACUCACUAUGCAUCCAUUACACCAGGAAUAAUGAUGUGAUGUAUGAUGAUGAAAUGGUUCUUGUUGACGCAGCUGGUUCCUUGGGUGGUUAUUGUGCUGAUAUUUCGAGAACGUGGCCCAAUAAUGGAAAGUUUACUGGCGCACAAAGAGACCUUUAUGAAGCCGUAUUGAACGUUCAACGGGGUUGCAUUAACCUUUGUAAAGCUAGCAAUAAUUAUUCUCUCCAUGACGUUCAUGAGGAAAGUAUUUCGUUGAUGAAAAAGGAAUUAAAAAACUUGGGUAUAGACAAAGUUACCGGAUGGAACGUCGAAAAAUUAUACCCUCACUAUAUCGGCCAUAAUUUAGGUCUAGACGUUCACGAUGUGCCCAAAGCUUCCAGGUACGAACCAUUGAAACCUGGUCAAGUGAUUACUAUUGAACCGGGCUUGUACAUCCCUGAUAGUGAAUCAUUCCCAUCUUAUUUUAGAAACGUUGGAAUAAGAAUUGAAGAUGACAUAGCCAUUGGGGAAGAUAGUUACACUAAUUUGACAAUCGAAGCAGUUAAAGAGAUCGACGACCUGGAAAAUGUCAUGCAAAAUGGCGUCUCUACGAGAUUCGAAGAAGAUGAAGUAGCACCAUUGUAA